AUGGAUUCUCUUCGAUUGAUCGGAGCCUUCAUGGUCGCGUUUUCGCUGGUCGGCUCUCUCGUCGCAUCUUCCUCAGAGACCGAAGUUAAUUGUGAUAAUGCAGUGGUCCAGAAUGUGAAAGCACCGAACCCAGUGUGCAAAAGUGGUGCGAUGUACUACGACGUGGGUGGUCUGGGAUUUUGCAAAGCCAAAGAGGAGAGUCAAUGCUGUAUCAAGCGUGCCGAUCGGUUCUUUCGAACAGAAGGGGUGCAAGUCGAUGGGGGUUGUUAUCUGAUAAACGAGCAAUCCGUUGCCUGCGACCUGUUGUGUCUACCUGAGAUAAUUCUCAAGCCUAUGGAUAUGAUGUCUUGUUUGUCCCGAGAAAAAUCAUUUAUUUACACACGCAGAUUGCUUUCAUCCUUCCGCAAGUGGACGACUUCCCGUCACAUCUGCGGGUCUCCCAGAAGUGAUUUAGAGGCCUCGAAAGCUAGAUUUCCCAGCGAAAUUCUAGACUUUUCAGGUCUAAAUCAACAUCUGCGAGGGUCGCAGAUCCGACGGGAAGUCCUCCAGUUUCUACAAAACUUUACUUAA